AUGGCCAAAAGGGUAGGAAAUAUAUCCUCCGAACAGAAAAAGGAGAUUAUUGAAUUUAUGGAAAGAAAUCCUGCUCUAGAACAUGGAAAGUUUAAUAACGACUUUACAUUUAAAUCAGCACGAACGUUGUGGAUGAGCCUUAGUGAUAGUUUAAAUGCGAUCCCAGGGGCUCAAAAAGACUGGAAACAAUGGCGUAAAGCUUGGCAGGACUUAAAGGGCAACGCAAAAAAGAAAGGUUCAGCGUUAAAAACCCAUUUUAGACAAACUGGAGGUGGACCGCCGCUGACUGACAUCAAAAUUACCAAAGAAGAACAGAAAGUCCUAGACAUAAUUGGCACUACAGCCACUGAAGGACAUCCAACCAUUAUUGAGUCGGGUUGUUCAUUUGCCUUUGAUGCGAACCAUGGUAAUGAAAGUGUUAUUCUUGAGUAUGUGGUCAACCCUAAUAUGGACCAUGAUUAUGUUCACCAGUCUGAGGCACUAGCAGGAAUACGUGAAUAUGGACUUAACAAAAAUUACAAAUACGCCCAAACGAAAUGGUAUGGAAAAACAAACAAAUUUAAAAAGUGCUCGAUGUGUUCAACGGUUGGAAAAAUCCAUCUCUGUCAGUACUGAGCUGCUUCAAGUGACAAAGUCCAAAGUGGAAAAUAAGGAAAACUAUUUAAGUAAAAAAUUAAACCUUUUGGAGCGAGAUGUCAAGGCCAAGGAAAAAAUUGCAGAGCACCUUGCAAUGUUAUGUGAUUAUUUUACAUGCCCAAA